UUGUUUGAGUUUCUCUAUUAUGUACACCACGCCACGCCAGAGCAUUUCAUUCUACACGGUUCAGAAAAUUUUAUGUGAUAUACACACGAAGUUACGGAACAUUUGAACAUAUACACAUACACACUUGGCAACAAAAUUUGAACAGUGCAGUUUUGUGUGUAUACAAGGGGCUAUAUACCGAGUGAUAAAUGGAAAGUCGAAAUGGUCGACGGUGGUGGGGAUAUUCAUGUUAACUGGUUCUGUAUCUGACACGCUCGUUUGGUCUAACACAGGGAAUUGAGAGCGCUGCUUGAGUACGGUUUUUUUUUUCUUCUGCUUUCUAAGAACUUUGUUGAAAGCAUGUACUCCGACCAUGACUGAAACCAUUUCUGAAUUUCAUUUUCCCAUACAUUCUUGUUACGUACAGUGUGAAACGAAUUUCGUGCUCGUAUAUAGACAGCAUCGAAUGGAAUGAUAUUCGAAAAAGACAGUUUGCAGCUGAGAAAUAAGACAGUUUUUUUUCUAUUCAUUCGUUAGUCUGUAAUUUAUGAAUGCGCAAUUAAUGAUCAAGUGGAGUUUUGAAAGAGACGAACAGCAAGUAGUGGGACUAUAUUUGUACUUGUGCAGCAGAUAAUGUUUACAAUAAUUGUCGUGUUUGCAUAAUUAAACUUUAUUUUGUUGAUAAAUAAUAUUGUGCCGGUAUAAUAAUAAUAUUCGAAUUCGAGUGCGAGGAUCAAAAUCGCUUUAUAUGCGAACGUGGUUGUUCGAGUAAUAUAAUGAAGAUUGCAUAGAGACAUGACAGCUACAGACGAAUCAAAUAUAGGCUCUUUAGUGUCUACUUCUCCUUCUUCUUUUGGAUUUGAUGUUACACCCAUUGAAGAUAUCAACGAGUUAACAGGCGAUCUGUUCCCCAAUUCACCGAAACAGUUCUACGAAGACGACGUUACCGAUUCAUCGAAAGUGGACGAAAUACGAUAUGAUACGCAUGCAACGGAUACAGAAACAACAACCGACAAUCACAUAACGCCAGACAUCGAACCAUUUGAUGAUCGAACUGUUGAGAAGCUGAGAAUUUCGUUGCCAUCAACAUCACCGAUUUGGAGCAGCUGCUAUUCGUCGUCAUCGGAAAGCAGUUCGUCGAGCAGAGCCAACAAAAUUCGAAAACGAUUUUGUGUUGCAUGCAAUCAACGUUUCCGCAAAACAUCGGAAUUGCACAGACAUUUGUUGACACAUGUUACCCAGCCGAGUGUACAGUUGGAACGACUCAGUCCAAGCAAUAGAUAUUAUCAAGACUUUCUGAAGCGACAAUCGUCGGAAGCCGGUGAGGAGAAUACCGGUUUGAAAAUCAAAUUGAAAGUAUUGUCGGGCGCUCAAAACUUUGAAGUUAUACCGAAUGCACUGGACGAAGCGAAUCGCGGCAAAGGAAUUCGAAUACUCACAGCAAAAGAAAUCAAACUCAGUCCGAAUCGAUCGCCGUCGACGAACACAUCGCCAUUAGACGCUAUGGUUGCGCUAUCUGAAAUGACCUUUAGUGAUAAUUCCAGUUCAAAUACGAGCUAUAUGACUGAUCAAGAUAAAGUACACUUUGAGUGUCCCACAUUGGACGGCUUAGACCAAUUCAACGAAGAAGUGAAUAAAGAAGCAGCGGCUCAGCUACUGAAACAACUUUUGGAGACUCCACAGAUGCCACAAGAAAAUGAAUGGACACCAACAAACGAAUACAUAUCGAUUGACCGUUUAGCACACAUGUGCCCGGUUUGCCAUUCAAACUUUCCCGAUGCUGUCAUGCUGUACGAGCACAAAAGAAUCACUGGCCAUGAUUUUCAAAAUCUGUUCCAGCAACAGCAGCAGCAGCAGCAGCAAUCAUCCAUGCCUAAUAACGGUAUACAACGACCGUUCCUACGCCCGAGAGCCCAAACACAACUCGCUGUUUAUGGACAACCGCAAUUACAUCAACCAAAUCAAAAUCAAUUUUCUCAUCAUCAACAACCACAACAAGGAGGUCACAUGCAGCAACAAGAUCAGGUUGCAAGGUAUGGAGUUCGAUUUCCCAUGCGGCCAAUGGCUCCACAACGUCGAACGCCUCCUCCAUUGUACAGACCUAACGGCCAAGCAAUGCCACAAGGACAACCAUUGAACAUGGCACCAUUUAUGGGCAUGAGUCCUGACAUGUAUAAUCCGAUGCCUGGUGCCAAUGGAAUGAAUAACAACACCAUCAUGAAUUCGAAUGCGUUUCCGCCGAAUUCAAGAAUUUCACCAUUGCAAAGGAGUUCGCCACAGCAAAGAGUGUCACCACUUCAACGAGUGUCACCGCAUUUAAUGCCACAACAGCAACAGCAAAUGGGUGGCCAUCCUCAGCAACAAUUCAAUACACAAGGCAUGAUGCGGCCACCAAUUAAUAUGAACAUGAAUAUGAUGCGACAAAUGCGACCGGGACCGCCACAACCACCGAAUCAAUUGGCAGCUCGACAACCAUUGUACACGAUGAGACGAGCUCCGAAUGGAAUGAUGAUUAGAACGCCAAUAACCCAAUCACAACUUGCAUCACAUUUAAGGCCAAGACUGAUGGGUCCACCAGCAAAGAAAGUAAAAGUUGAAGACGGUGAUGAUUGUGAAGUGAUUUCCAUGCAACCACGGUCAGAUGGUCUACCGGUUAUUCAUAGCGUACAGGGAGGGGCGAAUGCAUCAGAAGGCACAAACUCCAAUGCAACUAAUUCAACAGAAAAACCAAACGAACCGUUCCAAUUGUCCGAGAUCACACUCAGUGUUAAAGGCAAGGAACAGCCAAACAAAAAUCCCAAAGAGGUGGCAAACAUUUUAGCUCACAGAGGAAUCACUGUAACUUCGUCCAAACCUGCCGAUCAGAGAGAGAAAUCACCGUCUGACGUUGGUGCCAGUACUGCACCAAAUGUAACAGCAGAGGAAGCAGUGCAAAAAAUCCAACUAAAUAGUAGCGUCAGCAUAAUUCAGAAAAAGAAGCCGACUACGACAAUCGAUCUCUCAAAUGACGACGAUGUGGAACCUUCGACUACCGCAGCAAAAACCAUGACAUGUCAGAUUAAAGACUGCAAUGAAGUGUUUGCCAGCCAGGACAGUCUCAAUCGUCACAUGCAACGUGGACACAAAACACCACAGUUACGCAUCAAUCGCUGUCGGCUAUGUCCGGCUAAAUUUUCGUCAGCCGAAGGCCUGAUCAUGCAUCAGAAGAAGGUGCACCGGGUGUUUAAGACCACGGCGAGUGAAUUAGGAUUGCCGGUUGUUGACUUACGAAAUGAACAGACCAGAACGAAGCUCGCUUCACUGGGCAUCUACAAUUACAUUCCGCUGAGCCAUUUGAAUCGAUCGGUUGACGGUGUUUUUGGUUUACCUAUCGUUUCGGUACAGGGUGCAGCCAAUCAGGCUGUGUGUAAUUUAGCCGCUCUGGGCGCUGACAGUCUUUUAUCGAUUGGACCAGUGAAAGCAAUUCCUAAAAAUCCCAACUUACCUACUAAGCCGACUGAAUCGUGAAUUUUGAUAGUUUCUGUUAAAAGUUUCCUUGUCGUUUAGGUUGAGAACUUUUAAUUUAAUUUAUUUUGUUAAAAUGUAAAUAAAUUUAAGAAAAUCCUAAAAAUUAAUAAGUCGAAAAUAAAAAUGAAAAACAAUUUCUUUAAAAUAUUUU